UCUGCGACCAAUCUGCAACCAGCAAGCUCUAGGCCAGUCCGGCAAGAGCAGGCCCAAAGUCGGCGUGCAAGAGUCCGAAAACGCAGACGUUCGGACUUGGAGGUGGAGGAGCCACUACAUUUCGACCUGCCACGGCGGCUCACCAAGCAGGAAAGUGCAGAAGUGCGUGAAGAGAUUUCUUCGGCCUUGGCUUCACUUAAGAUAGAGGCAGCGGCAAUCCCACAGAGAGCUGAGGAUAUUGAUCCAGCCGAAUUACGACUGCGAACAAAGGUCGAGCUGCUCUGCAAUCUGCGGAUAGAUGCCGGACCCGUGGAAGUUGCACAGGUCUUGCGAUUGCUGAUAGAAAGCUAUGAGACAGCUGAACGUGAUGCCAAGGAAAGAGGGGCUACCAUCUCAGAGGAGUUCUUUCGACUAGCUCAGCAGGAGGAGGGCUUGGGCCUGGCUGCCGUGCUGCGGCGCGCGGCAGUUCUGCGUCAAUGCCUGGCUCCGGAGGCACUUGCCUGUGGCAUUCGCUUGGCCCUGGCAUUGCGGAGUCAAGCUAUGCAGUUGGCAUCUGUGAUGUUGGAGGCUUUGUCACAGCAGGUGGCGGACCUGGACUUGUCAGAGCUCACUGCCGUUUUGGCAGCUGCAAACAAAGUUGGUGGGCUACCAGCAGCCAGUCAGCUGUUGGAGAGUCUACUGGAGCAACUGGCAGAGCAAUCGCCAUUGGAUCUGAAAGAAGAGGAUCUCUAUGGCACCUUGGAGGUCCUCGGAGGCCAUGUUGGCGAGGUAGAUCCUGCGACAUUGGAAGACUUCAUCGAGUCCUUGAGGUUCUUUUGGCCCCUUUGCACUUCGCAGACGCUCAUCAAGGCUCUUCUGGCUUUGGGCCAAGCGAAUGCCCUGGAUGUGGGCACUUGCCGAUUGCUUCUGCAGCAGUUGGAGGCCCGCAGUGAGUUCUUAGGCCGCAGCGACCGCGAGGCGCUGUUGCUGCUGCUGGCCCUACAUAAGAGCAGCUUUGAUCGCAGCACAGCAGUCCUUGGCCUACCUCAUCCCCUGUAUGAUGAGGCUGCGAAACGCUUGAUCAAGGACCUGUCCCGCGAUGCCUGCGGCAAAAUCAGCAGUGGUCCCAUCGAGUCGCUUUCGCGGCCUGUCCUGGCGCUGGCUGAGCUCAAAGUGCUGGAUCGACGCGCCCUGCACGCCUUGACGGAACGCUUAGUGUCUGGACGGCUGCUGUCCCUCUCUCCUUCUGCAUUUGUCUCUCUAGUCUACGCGCAUCGCCUGGUCCGUGGCCCCGUGCCCUUGGAGAAGCUCCGCAUGCCACUGUGCUUAGCCUUCGGAGCCUUGCUGCAUGCCAUGACUGCAAAGCAGGUGGCCAGCUGUAUCGAGAGUUUGAAGGCAUACUGCUACAAGGCAUAUCGGCAUGUCUUCACUGCAGCCUACGAAAGAUUGGCAAGAGCUUUGGAGGCUCAAGCAGAAGGCCUGGGUUACGAUCCCUUCGCCUUGCUCACACCUGCGGAGGUGGCAAUGGCCAUCCGAUCCUUUCCCGAGCUGAAAUUUGAGGAGUGUCACCUCUUGCUUCGCAUGUUAAACGCCCUUGAUUCAGCGCCUCAGCUCCUGAUUGCAGGGAGUGCUGCUGGCACGGAGCUGCUGCCCGCACAGGAAGUUGUGCAGAGCAGCUUGCUGGGAAGGAUGACCAUGGCGGAACUGGUUGAUGUCUUCGAAGCUUUUGGAGCACAGGGUUUGGCAAGCUGCGAUUCAGUGGCUCAGGCCAUUGUGCACAGAUACGGAGCAAAUGGUGGGCGAAUUUCUCGGCGAAAUGCAGCGAGAGCCAUCCGUGUGAUGGCGCAGCUUCGCCUUGCACGACCUGAGUUGUUGGACUUGUUGCUGGCAGAGUUGAAUGGCUGGCAGGUGAGUGACCCGAAUGGCUCCGAGCUGCGGCCGCGGCCGGCCCUGACGGUGCUAUGGUCGCUGAGUGCCUUGGAGCUGCUUCCCAGGACGGCGCAGUUGGUCGAUUGGUUCUUGGAAUUCCUGUGUCGGGAAGCAGUUGCAGGGUAUGUUCUCGGAACCAAAGCGCAGGCUGUAGAGCUGUUCGAAAGUCUUGGAGCAGCACAGUCCAGUCUGCCACAGCUCACAACAAGGCACCUCGAGACUCUCAUGGCGGGACAUUCCCCAGCUGCAGAGCAGGUUCUCUUGGAGAUCGGCCAAGGGAGAGAACUUCGAAGUGCUCAGGAACUUCUGGGUAUGCCCAGGUCCAAAUUUAUGGAGCAGCACCAAUUGCUGGAGCCACGAGAGGCCCAUGAGUCCAGUCUGAACUCUGAAGACCUUAGCUUUGAAGGUUCUUCUCCAGAUCUCAAGGGUCGUUCGCUGCUGGAUGAGCUGGCCUUGCGCUGGGAGCUACACAGAAGUCAACAGGGCCGUGCGAUACCCAAGUCCAAGCAGUUGAUGGGUCUGGUCUUGGCAGGGCUGAAUGCGGCUCCCUUGCUGCGUGCGACGCCACACCCUUUGAGCACCAUGGCCCAAGAAGAGCUGCGGGGUAGCGGCGGCUUUGAACAACAGUGGCCUGUAGGUUGCUAUGAUGUUGACUGGGGACAUCCCUUCUUCUGGAUUGGCAUACUUGUCUUGAGAGACCAGGACUUCCUUUACGAUGCCACUGCGACUGCGCAUGGGACUGAACUGCAUGGGGCAGCACGACUGCGACUCCGGCUUUUGUCGGAAGAACGGUGGUGGCUGAUCCUGCUACGUGCGUCAGCUGUUGACACCUGGAUCGUGCCCAAAGAUCCUCAACUCUUCAAUCGCCAACUGCAGGCCCGUGUGGCCCGGGCGAACAAGCUCUACCCCCUCGAGAGAAGGCCGCUCCAAAGAAAGAUGCGAGACCUUGACAACGAGGCGGACAAGUUGCGGCAACUCUUCAUGAAACAGUUGCAGCAACAGUUGGACUUUAUUUUUCCUGAUGCUUUGGUAGGUGUUGAUUGCAGCUUCGGAUUGGCAAAGUCCCAAACUCCGUGGUUGGGGCCAUCGCUGUCGUGGAUGGGAUGAAAA